CAAAACUGACUUGUGUGCUUUGUACAAAGCCCAAAAUUUAGUAACUAGUGGGACGUUACUGGUCUACGGGUAAUGUUUAUGGCAUUAGGGGGUGAAUUUGAUCAAACAAAAAUAUGUUAAAUAUCAGCUUAAUUCUAGUAGAUAGUCGCUCAAAUUAAGCCUGGAUUGAGUUUGAUCCAUCUGAGUUCAAUCUGAGUUAUCAGCUAGACUCCAGCAACGUUAGAUCCAAUCUAACCUGCAGAGCAAGUCUUUUUCUUUGGAUUGGCUCUAGACAAAAAGAUGGGUUUAGGAUUUGAGCAACCCAACAAUGAUAUUGACAAGUAUGACUUAACAUUAUAAAAACGAGUGAAACUCAUGAAUUGUGUUCAUAUUGAGCUUGAUCCAUUGCAGUUUAUUUUGAGCAUUUUCAAUUCAAGCUGUGAGACUGGUUAAAGCCACCGGAAUCUCCCUAGUUGGUGUGUUAAAUUCAUCCAAUAAAACAUUGGCGACUUGAGGCUAUGGAAAAGCAUAAUAGGGGGUAUCUGGAGGGCCAAAGAUUUCCAAGAAGAAGGCCAUUGAAAGGCAGAGAAAACCGCGAAGGAUCAAAUCAUGAUUCAUGAUGAUCAUAUCAUCAAUCCAACGCUAUGGAGGAAGAUUUGUGCAGAAACGACUGUAGAGGUUUCGCUUCUUGCAGAAAACUGGAAGAUUAUUCUAGCUGGACUUAUCUUCCAGUACAUUCAUGGAUUGGCCGCUCAUGGAGUUCAUUACAUACAUCGGCCAGGACCACUGCUGCAGGAUUCUGGAUUCCUUCUUCUUCCUGAACUUGGUCAAGAUAAAUCUUAUAUCAGUGAGACUGUAUUCAGCUUCAUGUUUGGUUCCUUUGUUUUGUGGACUUUUCACCCAUUCCUUUUCCAGAGCAAGAGGAUAUGUACAGUUCUGAUAUGGUGCAGGGUCCUUAUUUAUCUAGUUGUUUCCCAAAUACUUCGGAUAAUUACAUUCUAUUCAACUCAGCUUCCUGGUCCAAAUUAUCAUUGUCGUGAGGGAUCAAAAUUUGCUAGACUUCCCCAUCCAGAGAAUGCACUUGAUGUGCUCUUUAUCAAUUUUCCCAGUGGAUUAUUGUAUGGUUGUGGUGAUUUGAUUUUUUCUUCUCACAUGAUUUUCACUUUGAUAUUUGUGCGUACAUAUUGCAAAUAUGGUACAAAAAGGUACAUCAAGCAGUUUGCUUGGUUGCUUGCUCUGAUUCAGAGCCUCCUGAUUAUAGCAUCUCGCAAGCACUACACAGUUGACAUUGUUGUUGCAUGGUAUACUGUAAAUUUGAUAGCUUUUUUUGUGGACAAAAAACUGCCAGAAUUGCCUGAACGAUCUGCUGCAUCCUCAUCACUGCCACUACUACCUUUGAGCAUCCGAGAAAAGGAUGGGAAGAACAAAGAUGAACACCAUAGAUUAUUUAAUGGGACUUCUGGGACCAAUGCAAAUUGAGCACGAGUUAUUAGCAUAUUCCCCAAUCACCUUAUCAUAUAAUCUGCUGGAUGCUUUUCUUGUGACUUAACGGUAAUCGUUAAAUAAUGUCUAUGACUAUGGUAGAAUACAGGUGAAUGGCUAGUUUAAAAUUAGGAACAUAGUCAGGGAUAAGUAGUACUUUGAUGCAGCACAUGCUGAAGAUAGCUGUGCUGUUGCCACGGAUUGAACUUGUGCCAAAAUCACAAGUGCAUUCUCAACCCAAUAAUCCGAAGAAACCUCAUUUGUAUUUUCCUUUGUUUUCCAGAAAUAGAACAAAAUGUCUUAUAGUUUCCCUAGUUUUUUUUUUUUUUGGUCAUUUACUGAUAUUCAUCUUGGAGUCAUGGAAAAUGGAACAUAUUUAAUAGAGAGACAUGGAACUUGAACAGA